CCCCAAAAAAUUAAUGAUACGAUCAAUCGUUCAUUUCACUAAGGCGACAUAGGGAAUUUGACCUUCUACAACUACACCCACAUAUGAAAAAUCUAAAUCUCUGCUUCUAAAUGCACCGAUAGUCUUGGAGUUGUGUUGAUGCGGGCUUACGUCCCAAGUCGCCUCAUCUGAUCCGUUUGUAGCAGCCACACCGACCCCCGAAACGCGAGAAUCAUGGCCGACAGCAUCGACUCCAUCGUCAAGGGUGCCCCUCAGCCCGGCCAGGAGAUCAAAUCUCCUCCCAUGGGAACGAGCCCUAUCGGUGUAGUGAAGCCCGGUGAUCCUUUGAAGCAUACGCCGAGUUCUCCUUCUAUGAUCUAUCUCAAUAUGCUGAUCCUCGAAGCCUCUCUACGCUCCCAGUACCUUGAACUCCGAGCCCGACGGCGCAAACACACAUUCUUCCUUAGUCUUCUAUGCCUCUGGCUGUCAGGUUUUGGAUACGCCCUGUUCUUUGCGCCUCGGGAGGAUGGUAGUGGCGUCGGCGGAUCGGUAUACUGGGUGGUCGACAUGACGGAGAAAGUGUGCUUCAUAAGUGGCAUCGUUACCGGCAUAUUAGUCUGGGGAACCGGUAUAUGGGAGCGGGGCAUCAGGUGGCCGCGGCGUUGGUUUAGUAUAUGCAACAGAGGUUUACGCGGAUUCAACUGCAAGUUGGUCGUCAUUAAAAGGUCAUGGUGGGUUGAGCUUGUCUCGCUAAUCGGCUUUUUCUUCACCUAUGGCGCAUUCUCUAGCAGGGCCGGCCAAUAUCGUUUCGUGGAGCCUGCGAUACUACGCGAAGUCGAUCGAGAGUUGAACCUCACCCGUAACGAACACCCACAACUUCCGUUUGUUAGCACAGACGAGGAGAAGGGUGGGCACGAAGAAGAUCUAUCGCCUGGAGGUGACUACGUCAAGCUCCUUUUGUGGCCUAAGCCUUUCUCGCCUAACUUUCGGGAAAACUGGGAGCUCUACAGAAGCGAGUACUGGGAAAGAGAAAACGAGCGCAGAGCCCUAUUAAGAUCAAAGUUGAAAGCACGCGAUAGACAACUUGCAAAGCAGCAAAAUGGGUGGCUUUGGUGGUUACCGGGGCAGCCAAAAGUGGAGGAUAAGCCACACCUACACGUUUCAGGGACUGGAGAUAUGGAGAAAUUACAUCCUCACCGGCCUGCAGCGAUCGGAAAAGAUGGCAAACGUGCUAGGAGUGGUAGUGUUCGGCGGGCUAGUAACUCAGCCGGAUCAUCACGAAGCCCGACACCUCCAGUGGAGUCUGAGGAAGGAGGGCGAAGUAGGAGAGGCAGCAUGACCUCGCUUACUUCGGAAAAGAGACGGAAGAAACAUCUUUCAACUAGCUCUAGAUCGAAAAGAUCAGGUGCCGAUUCGCGAUCUGUUACACCGGAAUUCACUUCGCCGCUUGCUAAGGAGAGCAGUGUUGGCGAUAACGAAGUUCCGUAGCAGUUCCUAAGAGGUUAACGGAGCAUACAUACUUGCUAGUCAUAUUUUGGCCCCUUAAUUCAUAGAAAAUUUCCAGAUUCAAAAUGCUAACUUCGGAUUAUGAAGAGUGAGUGGCGGUAAUCUCUGAUAUGUAUUUCCUUCCUACCAGUGUAUCUUCUCUCUUAUUCAGAAUAUGCGAGGUAUAGGCAUUGAAAUAGGCCUUGAAAAGCACACUAUGAUACCUAAUGGACCUUGCGGUAUUCUCUGUACAUAACUUGACUACUAUCCAUGGAUACGUCAUACAUUUAUUCAUAA